AUGGGCCUCUUGGAGAAAAUAUAUGACACCAAAGUUGAAGACGGUCGCCCCAACGAGUACUCUCCAUAUAGGGCCGAAAGUGGCUAUGGCUGGGCAGAAGCCCUGCCUAAGAAGCAGGGUCUCUAUGACCCCGAACUUGAGAAGGAUGCCUGUGGUGUAGGCUUCACUGCCCAUAUCAAGGGAAAGGCGAGCCAUAAGAUAGUCACUGAUGCACGAGGUUUACUAUGCAACAUGACCCAUCGAGGAGCAGUCGGCUCCGACGCUCGAGACGGUGAUGGUGCUGGCGUCAUGACAAGCAUCCCCCACAAAUUCUUCAUGAAGCACUUCGCCAGAGAUAUCGAUAUUGUUCUACCGCCAUUGGGGCAAUAUGCAGUGGGGAACCUUUUCUUUAAGCCAGAUCCAGUUGCCCUCAGGGAAUCACAAGCUACUUUUGAGGGUCUCUCGAAAGAAUUGAAUCUGCGAGUGCUUGGGUGGAGAGAAGUGCCACACGAUUCAACGAUACUAGGCCCGGCUGCCUUGUCUCGUGAGCCAUUCAUUUAUCAGCCUAUUGUUGUCCUUCAUUCUGCAUAUGGGGAUGGCAAUGUUCCUCUCGAAAACCACUCUGAACUCUUUGAUGAGAGGCUUUUUGAGAGGCAGCUGUAUGUGCUGAGAAAACGAGCGACUCAUGUUCUUGGCCUUGCCAACUGGUUUUAUCUUUGCUCUCUGAGUAAUAAGAAUAUCGUUUAUAAGGGCCAACUGGCUCCAGUUCAAGUGUAUGAGUAUUAUCACGAUCUCGUCUCAGUGGACUAUGAAGGUCACUUUGCCCUGGUUCACUCUCGAUUCUCAACAAACACUUUCCCUUCAUGGGAUCGUGCCCAGCCUCUUCGAUGGGCAGCGCAUAAUGGUGAAAUAAACACCCUCCGCGGGAAUAAAAAUUGGAUGAGAGCGAGAGAAGGCGUACUCAAAUCAGAAAUCUUUGGACAGGAGCUUGAUUUGCUCUACCCCAUUGUGGAGGAAGGUGGCUCUGAUUCUGCUGCUUUUGAUAACGUGCUGGAACUAUUGACAAUAAACGGUGUCCUUUCUCUUCCCGAAGCGGUCAUGUUGAUGGUGCCCGAAGCCUGGCAGGAUAAUCCUUCCAUGGACGCAGAGAAGGCUGCUUUUUACGAGUGGGCGGCCUGUCAGAUGGAGCCUUGGGAUGGUCCAGCACUUUUCACAUUCUCUGAUGGCCGAUACUGCGGCGCCAAUUUGGACCGUAACGGUCUCAGACCAUGCAGAUACUAUAUCACGGACGAUGACAGAAUCAUUUGUGCCUCUGAAGUCGGUGCCCUUGUCAUCGACCAAGAGCGUGUCAUCGAAAAAGGUCGUCUACAACCUGGUAAGAUGCUCCUUGUUGAUACAGUUGCAGGAAAAAUUAUCGAUGAUACGGAGUUAAAGCAAAGUGUUGCCAGCCGGCAACCCUUCGCUAAAUGGAUCGAGGCACAGCUCCUUAGCCUCCCAAAAAUCCACCAGAAUUUCAUCGACAACAAGGUCAUCGAUGUUUCACCAAAGCUAGAUGAAUUGACUGUCCAGCAAGACCCGCGUCUAAAGGCGUUUGGGUAUACGUUUGAACAAGUCAGCUUGCUCUUGGGCCCUAUGGCCGCGGACUCAAAGGAAGCCCUUGGUUCCAUGGGCAAUGAUGCCCCUCUCGCCUGCAUUGCACAACAACCACGUCUCAUGUAUGAGUACUUCCGUCAACUGUUUGCUCAAGUCACCAAUCCGCCUAUUGACCCCAUCCGUGAGGCCAUCGUUAUGUCUUUAGAGUGCUACGUUGGCCCUCAGGGAAACCUGCUCGAGAUUGAUGAAACACAGUGCCAUCGUCUUCACCUUCCGUCUCCUAUCCUCUCUCUCACUGAAUUCGACACUAUCAAAAAUCUCACUUCCCUGCACAAAGACUGGCCUGUAAAAAUCAUUGACACCACUUUUGAAAAAUCAAAGGGAAUUCAGGGUUAUCUUGAUGCCCUCGAUAGAAUAUGCGAAUCGGCCACAGAAGGGAUUGAGAACGGUGACCGGAUACUGGUCCUGUCUGAUAGAGCAACUUCUGCUGACCGGGUUCCUGUAUCAGCCCUCCUCGCUACUGGUCUAGUCCACCACCAUCUUGUUCGCAAUAAAUGGCGUUCCUUGGCCGCUCUUAUAGUUGAGACUGCUGAAGCUCGUGAAGUACAUCACAUGUGCGUUCUCGUCGGUUAUGGUGCAGAUGGUAUCUGUCCAUACCUUGCUAUAGAGUGUAUGCUCAAAAUGAACCGCGAGGGCCUCAUCCGGAAGAAACUCACUGAUGGCCAAAUUGUUGAUAACUACAAACACUCAGUUGAUGGAGGUAUCUUGAAGGUCAUGAGUAAAAUGGGUAUCUCCACCUUGCAGAGUUAUAAAGGAGCUCAAAUUUUCGAAGCUCUUGGUAUUGAUGACAGCGUCAUUGAUAGAUGCUUCGUCGGAACGGCAAGCAGAAUUCGAGGAAUGACGUUUAAAACAAUCGCUCAGGACGCCUUUGCUUUCCACGAAAAAGGAUAUCCUUCGCGACAAAUCACCGAAAUACCUGGUCUACCUGAGUCAGGAGAGUACCACUGGCGAGAUGGAGGAGAGCCACACAUCAACGAUCCAGUCAGCAUUGCCAACAUGCAGGAUGCCGUCCGCAAUAAGAAUGACAAGUCAUACGAAGCAUAUGCUAAGGCAGAAUAUGAGCAGAUCAAGAAUUGUACGCUGCGCGGGAUGCUGGAAUUUGAUUUUGAGCAACGGGCUCCCAUUCCAGUUGACCAGGUCGAGCCAUGGACUGACAUCGUCCGCCGUUUUGUCACUGGUGCCAUGUCUUAUGGCUCAAUUUCUAUUGAAUCUCACUCUACCCUCGCUAUUGCUAUGAAUAGGCUGGGUGGUAAAUCCAAUACUGGUGAAGGUGGUGAAGAUGCCAGUCGCAGCAAAGUUCGAGAAAAUGGGGACACAAUGAGAUCUGCUAUCAAACAGAUUGCUUCUGGUCGAUUUGGAGUCACUUCCAGCUAUCUAGCUGAUGCUGAUGAGUUACAGAUCAAGAUGGCCCAAGGAGCUAAGCCCGGUGAAGGAGGUGAGUUGCCUGGUCAUAAAGUGACAGGGCCCAUUGCGCAUACCCGACACUCUACACCAGGAGUUGGCCUGAUAUCUCCUCCACCACACCAUGACAUCUACUCCAUUGAAGAUCUUAAGCAGCUUAUAUAUGAUCUCAAGUGCUCUAAUCCUCGUGCACGUGUUUCUGUCAAGCUUGUAUCUGAGGUGGGCGUCGGUAUUGUUGCAUCUGGUGUUGCAAAGGCCAAGGCGGAUCAUAUCCUUAUUGCUGGCCAUGAUGGAGGCACAGGAGCUUCUCGAUGGACCGGUAUCAAAUAUGCUGGUCUACCGUGGGAGCUUGGAUUGGCCGAAACUCAUCAAACUUUGGUGCUUAACGACUUACGUGGACGCGUCAUCGUCCAAACUGACGGGCAACUCAGAACUGGUCGAGAUAUUGCCAUUGCUUGUUUGUUAGGCGCUGAGGAGUGGGGAUUCGCAACUGCUCCAUUGAUUGCAAUGGGAUGUGUUAUGAUGAGAAAAUGUCACCUCAACACCUGUCCCGUUGGUAUAGCUACUCAGGAUCCAGUUCUUCGAGAGAAGUUCCAGGGCACCCCAGAGCAUGUCAUUAACUUUUUCUAUUAUAUCGCCAACGAGCUUCGUGCCAUUAUGGCUAAGCUUGGUUUCCGCAGUGUCAACGAGAUGGUUGGUAGAGCUGAGCUUCUCAAGAUAAGGGAGAAUCUAGCAUCUCCUCGUAUGCACAACAUCGACCUCUCUCUCAUCCUCACUCCUGCACAUUCCCUCAGACCCGGAGUUGCCACUUAUAACGUGAGGAAACAGGAUCACCGUCUCCAUACCCGUCUGGACAAUAAACUUAUUGCCGAAGCGGAGUUGGCCUUAGAAAAAGGGCUUCCAUGUAGAGUGGAGUGUGAUAUCGUCAACACCGAUCGUGCUAUGGGCGCCACGCUCUCCUAUCAAAUCAGCAAACGAUACGGUGAACCUGGACUGCCACAAGAUACAAUCCAUGCCAAUAUCAGAGGAUCCGCAGGACAGUCAUUUGGAGCUUACCUGGCCCCUGGUGUCACACUUGAGCUUGAAGGUGAUUCAAAUGACUAUGUGGGCAAGGGUUUGUCUGGAGGUCGCCUAAUCAUUUAUCCUCCGCGUGGUGCCGUUUUCAAAGCAGAGGAAAAUAUAAUCAUCGGAAAUGUCUGCUUGUAUGGCGCCACGAGUGGAAGCUGCUACUUCCGCGGUGUUGCUGCUGAGAGAUUUGCUGUCCGUAACUCUGGUGCCACUGCUGUUGUUGAAGGGGUGGGCGACCAUGGUUGCGAGUACAUGACUGGUGGCCGUGUGUUGAUUCUUGGAUCCACCGGACGAAAUUUCGCCGCUGGUAUGUCUGGUGGAAUUGCAUAUAUCCUUGAUAAAGAUGGAGAUUUCGAGCAAAAGGUCAACAUGGAGAUGGUCGAGCUUUCAGGUGUUGAUAGUCCAGCUGAAAUCGCGUUCUUGCGAGGACUCAUUGAAGAUCAUCAUCAUUAUACUGGCUCCGAAAUCGCUGCUAGAAUCUUAAUCGAUUUCAACAAGGCCUUAUCGCAUAUUGUGAAGGUGUUGCCAACUGAUUAUCAACGAGUGCUUGAGGAGGAAGCGGCCAAAGUUGAGGCAGCUAAGAAGUUGGAGGCAGUGCCUCCAAGUUCCCGUCAGAAGACCGCCCUAAAACCCGAAGAGAAGGCAGAUCAUAAACAUCAAGGAGAAUCUCAACCAAAGGCUGAUGUUCUCGACAUCGAAGACAGUAUCGGUGAUGCCAAAACGGAGAAAAAGCGUACCGCCUUGAUCUUAGACAAGACCAAAGGCUUCAUGAAGUAUGCUCGACGACAUGAAAAAUACAGAAGUUCAAAAACUCGUACUCGAGACUGGCAGGAACUGUCACCCCGGCUUACAGAAGAUGAGUUGAAAUAUCAAUCCGCAAGAUGUAUGGACUGUGGUGUCCCAUUCUGCCAAUCCGAAACUGGUUGCCCUAUCUCCAACGUCAUUCCAAAGUGGAAUGAGCUUGUAUUCCAGAACCAAUGGCAAGAUGCACUCAACAGGUUGCUCAUGACAAACAAUUUCCCCGAGUUCACUGGUCGCGUUUGCCCUGCUCCGUGUGAAGGCGCUUGUGUCCUUGGAAUUGUUGACGAUCCAGUUGGUAUUAAAUCGAUUGAAUGUGCUAUUAUUGACCGAGGUUUUGAGAUGGGUUGGAUGGUCCCAAAACAGCCUCUACGCCGCACAGGAAAAUCUGUUGUGAUUAUUGGCUCAGGACCAGCUGGUUUGGCUGCAGCUGAUCAACUCAACCGUGCCGGACACAGCGUGACCGUAUAUGAGCGUGCGGACCGCAUUGGUGGUUUACUGAUGUACGGCAUUCCGAAUAUGAAGCUAGACAAGAAAGUUGUGCAGAGACGAGUCGACUUCAUGGCUGCAGAAGGUAUUAAGUUCGUCACCGGUACGACUGUUGGCCCUGACCAGGAGAUAUCGCUCCAGACUCUUCAAAGGUCGGAUGAUGCCGUAGUCAUUGCUACCGGUGCCACUGUCGCGCGAGAUCUGAAGAUCCCAAACCGGGAACUUGGGGGAAUUCAUUUUGCCAUGGAGUUCCUCCACCGCAACACCAAAUCCCUACUCGAUUCUGAACUAAAUGAUGGCGAGUAUAUCUCGGCAAAGGGCAAAGAUGUCAUCGUCAUUGGCGGUGGUGAUACUGGCAACGAUUGUAUCGGAACUUCUGUUCGACAUGGUGCGAAAUCCGUCACGAACUUCGAGCUUCUCCCUCAGCCUCCGCAGGAGCGUGCUCGAGACAAUCCAUGGCCACAGUGGCCUCGAAUCUACCGUAUAGACUAUGGUCAUAGCGAAGUCAAAACUCACAUGGGUAAAGACCCACGAGAAUUCUGUGUCAUGUCGAAGGAGUUCGUUGGAGAUGAGAAUGGCCAUGUAAAGGGUAUCAAUAUCGUCCGAGUUGAGUGGACGAAGAGCCCAUCCGGUGGCUGGGAUAUGAAGACUAUCGAAGGCAGCGAGCAGUUCUUCCCUGCUGACCUUGUUCUCCUUUCAAUGGGGUUCUUAGGCCCUGAAGAUCGACUCCUAGGCGAGGAGAUCGAGAGAGAUGCACGAAAGAAUAUCAAGACUCCCGCUGGUCAUUACUCAACCAACAUCCCCGGUGUAUUUGCUGCUGGUGACUGCAGGCGCGGACAGUCGCUAAUUGUCUGGGGUAUCAAUGAAGGCCGACAGGCUGCUCGAGAGAUCGAUUCAUAUCUCAUGGGCAGUACAUCCUAUCUUCCAGCCACUGGUGGAAUCGUUCGCCGUCCAGCCAUCGAGGCUGUUCCCCCAGCUCCUCAGGUGGAGAUUCCAAUAGUCGCUGCGUAA